GACAUGAAUGGGUUUUUCCACUCACUUCCCGGUAAACAUAGAUCGGGUUGGCUGCAGGAAUUUCUGAGAAUUACGUGUGUGUGAGUUGGCUUCACAUAACCAAUAAUAACACGUGACGAGGUCAGUUGACUGCGAUCUUGAUUCUAAACAUAGGGACAAACAAUCAGGAUACAUGGCGUCGCGUUGUGUACUGUGUCACAGGUUUUCAUUUACUACGGAUAUACCUCACGCAUUGGAUUGGGAUAUUUCGACCCAGUUCGCACCCGUUUUGUUUUAGCCAGGUUGUGAUGAGCCAUGGCCAUGGACAUCGUGAACCUGCCGAAUUCGAUCUCUCAGGAGGACCUGGAAAUGCUGAGGACCUGGGUGGUGGAGAAUCCUACCAUCACUGAGUUUUUCCAGAACGAGGACUCACAGGCCUCGCAGGCCUCCCAUGUUUCAGAUGCUGAGGAGCUGUUCGGAACUCUCACCACCAGCAUCUCAAAGUCGCCAAGAUGUGACAAUGUGAACAGCCACGAAUCUGUACGCCUGACGCGGGAGUCGAGCAUCAUGGGUAGACGCGGAACAGUUAGUGUCUACAACGCCGGGAACAUCAAACUUGGUAACCUUAGACCGCCGCUGGAUGAACCCAUGACAACCAUCUUAGAUGACCGUGUAGCUAGAAUUGAGGCAGCUACCCUGGACGUGAGUGCUAGCUCUGACCAAGAGGUGCCACUUCAACUCACAUUAUAUGGUACCACUGCUAACAGACUCCGAUGUCAAAACAUUCUUCAGGAUGCCGAGGUAGAUUUUGACGGAAAAACUGAAUCGGCCUCUGACAGAUCAACUUUAAUUGACCUUACCAGGUCACCCGACAUGUCCUUUGACAGGUCACCGGAUACGACCUUUGACACGCUACCUGAUGUAGCGUUUUACAGGUCACCUGAGUUACCGUUUGCACGGUUUCCGCAAACUUUCGACAGUACACCACCUACUCCAUUUAACAUUACACCCAGGCCACUCUUGUCCAGCUUACCCGUACCAGUAUUAGACAACUGUUUACCCGGGACUUCCGGUGCCACGUUGCUUGGUUCAGCCCACGAAGAAUUACCAGAACCAUCUAUUGGUAGUUUAAACCCGACAGUACUUAACAGCUUAGCUGAGAUAGAUUUUUCAAGCUCCACGGAGAGAGCCUUGGACAGUAUAGCCCAAAUAGACUUUGGUAUUGAAGAUCAAACCGAGCCAGUUGAUCUCACAACACAUGUGGGCCCUGGGGUCGAGGCUACAGACUCAACGAGGGAACAGAUAGCAUCUUGGUACACCAAUUUCGAACCCAACCCGUAUAUAGCAGUGGACAGCCAUCGAGAAAUGGUAGCCCAUGAUGACAUUAACAGUGAUAUCGACCGCGUGUUUGAAAACCUCAAUGAAGGUGACAAGACGUCAGAGCAGGAACCGGCAGAGGCUGUGGGAACGCCCCUGUAUCCCCACCAGAAGCAGGCUCUGUCCUGGAUGAUGAGUCGGGAGAAUGGCGACCACCUGCCUCCUUUCUGUGUGGAGAAGGCCAACGGGGAAUACCUCAACACAUUGCUGAACUUCUCAACGCCAGAGAGACCACCCAGUAUCAGGGGAGGCAUUCUGGCUGAUGAUAUGGGUCUGGGGAAGACUCUGGAGACGAUCGCCCUGAUACUCACCAACUUUGUCAACAACCGACCCCUGGCUGUUCCUGUUCCAGGCAAACCAAGGCGAGGGAAAGAAAAUAAGAUUCCGUCAGAGGACUCACUUCACGAUAUAAACUCUGACCUCGAAAGCAAGAUGAAGGUCGAAAACAACAACGAUGAGAUGUUUGAGCGGCUUCAGAAGGUCGAUGAGAUUGUCACAAAGAUGGAAGAGGGGAAAGAACUGCCCAGUUCAGAAACUGCUGAUCCUUCCACACACACCGCUGACAUACAACCAUCAACUGAUGAGACGAAAUGUGGAUUAGGAAGGCUACGUCUCAUGAAGGCAGACAGUUCCAAUAUUGAGACAAUUGAUGCAGAUAAUCCGGAGGCCCAAACAGCCAACCAACACGUGCAAGACAUGGAGAAACUAAAGUCCGUUUCAUCCCUGAAAAGCUCAUCAAACGAACAGGGAAAAAAGGUCAUUUUAAUAGAUUUCCAGGAACAGCCUUCUAAACGAAAGAGGCAAAGAUCAUCUAUCCCUCCUUCGAAAUAUGAACAAUCAAAGUGGAGAAAACUGCAUCUAGACAGAUGGAGUGUAGACAAGGAAUCGCAUAGACACUCAAACCCACAGGAUAGUGUAACAUGCGAUUCUGAUAGGAAGAGUAGUGAAGACGUUGCGAUGGACGACGGUAGUGACGACUCCGGUACUUGCAUGCAGGACAUCACCGACGAUGUCAGCAAAGUUAACUCGGAGGAUAUUGACACGGAUCUUAGGCAUCCUGUCAGUAACAGUGACGCACAAAACACGUGUGGAGAAGGACCUGUGACAUUCAGUGAUGAUGAUGAUGAUGAUGAUGAUGAUGAUGAUGAUGAUGAUGAUGAACUUCCGGAUGUGGAUAGUAAGGAAGAGGAGGAUGAGAUGGGGGAGGAGAAAAAGGAAGUAUGCGACGCAGACUCUGACAUGAAGGACUUCAUGACUGCCAAUCACUGUGAUGAAAGAGGGCGUACUAUCAGCAGCGACUGCGACCCACGGUGUACCCUGAUUAUCUGCCCCUUGAGCGUUAUGAGCAACUGGCAGGGUCAGAUUGAAGAACACGCCCAUCCAAACGUCCACAUUGACGUCCAUCUUUACUAUGGCAACCAGCGAUGUAAGGAUGUCAAUCUUCUCAAGCAGAAGGAUGUAGUUAUCACAACGUACGGCAUACUGCUGAGUGAGUUUAAGGAGUACCUAACGAAGGGAGCAUCCCCUCUGAUGACGACCGAGUGGCUACGAGUUGUGCUGGACGAAGGUCACUGCAUCCGGAACCCAAAAGCCAAACAAACCAAAGCUGUGCUCACACUUCAGUCACAACGCAAGUGGGUGCUGACAGGUACACCCAUCCAGAACAGGAUGCUGGAUCUGUGGCCGUUGAUCAAUUUCCUCAACGUGACGCCUCUCAAUGAGAAACACUGGUGGCAAAGUUUGCUGGAAAAACCAUUGCAACGUGGGAAGAGGAUAGCCUUCAGACGUGUCCAACACCUGAUGGGUAACAUCGCUAUGCGAAGGACAAAGAACACCCUCGUAGAUGGAGAGCCCCUUGUGAAGCUGCCCAAGAGAGAAGUGUACAUGGAGCGAAUCAAGAUGUCGGACGAGGAGAGCAGGAAGUACAAGUCCAUGGAGGAGCAGGGGAAGAUCCAGAUCAAGAAAUAUGUUCGGAACAACAUGCUGCUGAAGAAGUAUAUCCUGGUGCUGGAGAUCAUGCUCCGGCUGCGACAGAUGUGUUGCCAUAGCUUCUUGCUGCCUGACAAAUCUGAUUGCAUACCUAGUGAAGACUCGGAUUCCGAAGAGGAAGACUUCGAAAAGAAGCGUGAGACUCUGGUUAACAGGCUGAAGGUCAUCAGCGAGUCAGAGGAAGAGUGCUCUGUGUGUGUCGACGUCCUGAAGACUCCUGUGAUACUACCAUGUGCACAUUACUUCUGUCACACAUGUAUCCUCAACGCCAUCAAACACAUGGAACAAGCAGAGAAGGGUUCCGCUACCUGCCCCUUGUGUCGAGCACCGAUAUCAGAGGACCAGAUAAUAGACCAACCAAAGGAACCCGAACCACAGAUCUACGGCGACUGGAAGUCAAGUACAAAGGUGGAUGCCCUGAUGAGUGCCCUGGUGAAAAUGAGAAGCACCGAUCCAUCUGAAAAGAGUCUGGUAGUCUCACAGUUCACCUCUUUCCUGACUCUCAUGGAAACACCACUCAGGGAGCUCAAGUUCAAAUUCGUGAGACUGAUGGUAAAUGUCUGCCUACUGCAGCGCAUGGAAGCUGUCAAGAAGUUCUCUGAUCCCGAGCCUGGGUCGCCCACCAUCUUCCUCAUCUCCCUCCGUGUUGUGGAGGCGGGCCUCAACCUGACUGCUGCGUCCAGGGUGUUUCUCAUGGAGCCG